AUGUCUAUUUCCCUUUGGGAUCUUCAUGAAAUUGGCGGUCUCCCUAUUACAGGUCGAUUUUAUGAUGAAGUUAUUCCAACCACUGAGAGUCUCAACAAGAAGGAUCAUAAAGGCGUGUCUUAUAUCCCACACAUUUGUCGCUACUUAUUCUUAGCGUAUCACAAGAUUCUACGGGAUUCUAAAGGAAAAUCUGGAGUGAGAAUGACUACUUGGAUAAAGUACUGGUAUCAAGGGCCAUUCAAGUAUAAAAAGCCUUCAAGGAAAACCAUACGGAACAAGUCACAAAAGCCAAAGGAGGACUCUCAUCCAUCUGGUAUCAUUCUGACGGCACUAAAACGUACUGAGGAAGAGGAAUGGGUUUUUGAAGAUUUGGGUAUAACUGAUGAAGACAUGGAAAAAUCCUACUUGGCUACAUUCCUUGCUUGCUGGUUGUGCAAAUUUGUAUUUCCCAAGGACGACGUAACUUUGAUCAGACCAGGGGUUUUCAAAGUUGCCAGUCAAAUGGCGCACGGUGUAUCAUUUGGCCUAGUAGUUCCAGUAUUGGCCAGCGUUUACAAGGGGCUGAAUGAUAUUUCUAGUGUAGAUGAUCCAGGAAAUUGCACAACUGUUCUACCUUUCCAUUAUGUGUAUGGGUGGUUGGGCGAAUACUUCGACACACAUUUUACGUCAUCUUCUGAUAAGUCCAUUCCUAUCAUGACAAGGUUCUCAGGAAGACUUUCGGCAAAAUUUUUUGAAGAUUCGACAGCUCGAGCUUUGUUCCGGACUUGUGGUAAAGUGAAAAUGAGUCGUCUAGCAAGAGUAUUUUCAGAAUUCAAAUAA